AAUAAAAUACAAGAGCAUGGCACGAGUGUUGUCGUUCAGACUUGCGCGCUUGAUCCAACAGCGCUUGAGUUGUACUACAGAUUGGCAAACAGUGGGACGUUUUGAAAUAUAUGGAGAGAAUUCAGCGGAUGACUUUGACUGAUCUUAAAGGACUUCUAAUAGUUGACAUUUAUGCGUUUCUGGGAGCGGAUGACCAGCGCUGUGGCGUUUUAUAAACCGUGCGUACUUGUCGUUUCUUUCUCAGCUCCAUCAGUAAAACUUUUACGCUUCCCCGACAAGACGUCGCACUUGCAGGAAGGACACCUAACGAGGGGAUAAGAUGACAGCGAUCAGAAUGGUUUCAUCGGUGCUGCUGCUGGUGCUGAUGCAGUCCGGAGCUCUUUGCGCGCGGAGGUUUCGGGGUGGCCGCAACCCACAACCACGACGCGCACCACCUCCUCCCACAUACCGGGCGGACCGGGGUGACACCACGGAGAGCUUCCCUUUGGAUUUCACCGCCGUGGAGGAGAACAUGGAUAACUUCAUGACACAAGUGAAGAACCUGGCGCAGUCCCUCUACCCGUGCUCGGCGCAGAAGCUCGACUACGACAUGAAGCUGAACUUCUUGGAGAAUACAUCAGUCACCUGCAACGACGGAAGCGCCGCAGGGUACUACCUGAAAGAAUCUCGAGGGAGCAGACGGUGGUUGAUAUUCUUAGAGGGCGGCUGGUACUGCUUCACCAAAGAGAACUGUGACAGCCGGUACGAGACCAUGAGGAGACUGAUGAGCUCCUCCAAGUGGCCCCAAACUAAAACAGGCACGGGGAUCCUGUCUCCGUUGCCUGAGGAAAACCCUCACUGGUGGAAUGCCAACAUGGUGUUCAUCCCGUACUGCUCAAGUGACGUGUGGAGUGGCGCUACAGCCAAAACAGAGCAGAGUAGCUAUGCCUUCAUGGGCUCCCUGAUUAUUCAGGAGGUUGUGAAGGACCUGCUGAACAAAGGUCUGGACAAUGCCAAAGUUCUCCUAUUAGCAGGAAGCAGUGCGGGUGGUACCGGCGUCCUUCUGAAUGUGGACCGUGUGGCAGAGCUGCUUGAGGGACUGGGCCACACUGGGAUACAAGUGCGAGGCCUAUCUGAUUCUGGCUGGUUCCUGGACAACAAGCAGUACCACUGCACGGACUGCGUGGACGCCAUCAGCUGUGCCCCCACUGAGACCAUUAAGAGAGGCAUUAAGUACUGGGGUGGGGUGGUUCCGGAGAGGUGCAAGCAAACCCACGCAGGAGAAGAGUGGAACUGUUUCUUUGGAUAUAAAGUCUUCCCAUCAAUAAAAAGCCCCGUGUUUGUUGUCCAGUGGCUCUUUGAUGAGGCCCAGUUGACGGUGGACAACAUCCAGCUAACGGGCCAGCCUGUGCAGGAAGGCCAGUGGCGCUACAUCCAAAACCUGGGCAUUGAGCUGAGGAACACACUCAAAGAUGUCCCGGCUAUGUUUGCGCCGGCGUGCCUGUCACAUGAAGUUAUCACGAGAAACUACUGGAUUGAUGUGCAGGUUAAAGGCACUUCCUUGCCCCGAGCACUGCACUGUUGGGACCGCAGCCUCCAUGACAACAGGAACAAUAAGGCUCCACCCAAAGGCUGCCCCGUACAUCUGAUAGACAGCUGCCCGUGGCCACACUGCAACCCCACCUGCCCCACCAUCCGAGACCAAUUCACAGGACAAGAGAUGAACGUUAUUCAGUUCCUCAUGCACAUGGGCUUCGAUGUGCAGAAGAUGGCCCAGCAGCAGGGCAUGGACCCCAGCAAGCUACUGGGCAUGCUCAGCAGUGGCAGCUAAAGGGACACACGUACAAACAGUAUUUCAAAGCUACACCCAAGCAGGGUUGGCUGGUCUCUCUGACCAGUCUCUCAUGCCUGAUACCUCUGAGUACCCAUCCACCUUCACAACCCAUUCUCCCUAUAGUCACUUCCCCUCUGACCUCCUGUUUACUUAAGUCCAAGCCUCAGUCAAACAAAGGGCCUUGAAUUUGUCCCGCAAUUCCUCACAACUGGUGACAAUACGGGGGCAAAACACCACCAAGACAAGGCAUAACUCUCUGCUACUCUCCAUUUAAAUUAUCUUUUGCUUUGUAAAAGAAAAAAAAUCACGAAUGUAAUCCAGUUUUAAGGAUGCUCAUUGAUGUUUUUUAUAUAAGUAUAUAUAUUUUUCAUCCUUCCAUAUAGAUUUUAUUUAGUCAUUGUUUAAAGAAAAGUGCCACAAUGACAUAAGGAUGCUGUCUUUGUUAAGUAGUCACUAUAGAGUAUGUGCAAAUAUCAUCUUGCUCAAACUGUUUCGCAGUUGGGUUUUAACAACAUCUCAUCACACAAGAAUGUCAAGGUAGAAACAGGGAAAUAAUAAAGUGAGAAAAGCACUGGAUCAGGAAGGAAACGUAAUAACACAGACAACAGAGAGAGGGAGACAGUUUACCCCAAUACUUCUUCAACCAACAUGUGGUAUAAAACUAGGAUGGAUUAACUCUUUAAAUAGUCGGGCUACUGAAAUUAAAGCUGCAAACAGACAAAUCUCAGAUGUUAGUCUUUGCUAAUGAAAAUUAGUCAAAAGUAAUUAAAAGACAUACUUUAUACAUCCCUGUUGCAAAUAUAAGCGGGCAUAUUUUCAGCUUUGACAACUGAGAAGAAGAUGCGCGGUUUAGUCAUUGCUUGAACCUAAUUUGUGGUGCUAAAGUCAACCUGGAAACACCUUAGAGGCUAUCAGUGCUCAUACAUCCACCACAGUGCCAUUACAUAGUGUAUACCUCUUUCUCACUGUUGAAAGCCGACCUUAGAGUACCCGUAAAACAACCUCAGUAGUUCAGCAAUCCUCAGAUCAAUGCAAUUAACAUUUAAAGGGAGAUUGUGUAUUGUAUUUUUUUGUAUAGGUUCUUGUAAGUGUUCACUAUUGUAACUCCCUUCUUAUAUUUCAUAAUAGAGAUCACUUUUUAAUAUAAUGACAAUGCUGUAUGUAAUGAUGUCUUUAUAAAUGAUGUUUUUAAAGGACCUCUAUUUCACAUCACACCAGAGAAGCAAAGGUAUUACUAAUUGUAAUUUUAUUCUGUAACAUAUUUUUUAACAGAAAAAAAAAAACAAAACAAAAACAAAACUAAAGCUGCAUUGGUAAUUUACAUAUUUAUUUUGUUAUGUAAAUCAUAUUUAUAAGUGCUAUUUUCACAGAGAAGUGAUUCUUUGUAAAUUGUAAAUACAUUGCUGUUUUUUCUCUUUGUGUUGAAUGCAUGUCUUUGUAUCAGACCGAAAAGAAAAGACACAUUACAUAUACUACAAGGUAAAUAAUGCUGUACAGUCUUGUUAUUGUUAUUUUUACUGUCAUUCAUAGUUGUAAUAGUAAAAAAGCUAUGUGCA